CAACCAUCAUCUGCCCUCACACGCUACCUUCUCCCUGCACAUGCUGAUCCAGUUAGUUGACAAUUCAGAUAUCAGACGAGGCAAGCACCUCUUGAGCUGCAUCAUGAGUGAGGCAAGUACAACGCCGCCGUGAUUGUGUUUGCUCCUCACUUCUUCCGCCAUCAUCUGCUGUGCAGGUUGUGAUUUCAGCAGACCUUUCUGCUUUCCAUCACGGAAGAGCGGGUUUCUCCCUUCUUUGUUCUUUACAUUCGUCCUUCUCCUCGAGUGAGCCCGGCAGGUGGAGUCUUCUUUCCCUUGCUCAUCACUCAAACACAACCCUUCACCAAUUACUCACUCAUCUCGCUGAGCAAUCAACUCCUCGAGCGCUCAUCGAACAAUUCCACUAGGCCUCAUAUACGGUAUUCAGUUUCGAUUGCCAGCCGGACCCGUCAACAUGGAAAUCGACAAAGUCUCCUUCUACCCACUCAUUCUCGACCUGUUGACGGACAUCUCUCACUCACACUUCGUCGCCUUCGACCUCGAACUGAGCGGGGUUCCGACCAAGUAUCACACGAGCUAUGCCAAGGGAAAACCAUCUUUGCAGGAUCGGUACUCAGAGACCAAGGAAGCGGCCGAGCGAUAUCAGAUUCUUCAGAUCGGGCUCACCUGCGUUGAGCAAGACGUCGAGCUCCAAAAGUAUAUUCUCAAACCCUACAACAUCGAGCUCAGUCCGACCAUUGAGGAGCGCGGCAUCGACGUCGAACGCAUCUUCUCGUUUCAGUCUGGCGCAGUGGACUUCCUGCUGAAGGUUGGCUUUGACUUCAGCGCUCCUUUCAAAUGGGGCGUUCCCUACCUCUCUCGUGAAGAGAGCAAGCAAGCACGCGAGAAGUUCCAACAGCGUCAAGAUAGGACCGCCAUCUCCGACAUCAACAUCAAACCGACGGAAGUGGAGGCUCUUGCCUUCAUGGAGCAUGUUCGUAGCGAGGUCAACGCCUGGCUGAAGGGACACUACCGGGAGUCAUCCGAGUACCUCGACAUUACCAAAGCCAGUCAACAUCCCUCCGACUCCGAUGGAGAAGAGCAAGUUGUCGAAGGACUCUCCCGCUUCGAAAAGCGCCUCGUCCACCAGCUUGUUCGGUCCGAGUACCCCGACCUCGUCACCAUUAGCAAACGCGACUUCAUCCAAAUCGUGCGUUUCGACCAGCAACGCGAGGAUAGAAUCCACGCAGAGCGAGUCCGAGACCUCGAGGCGCAUAUCAACAAGCAAAAGGGCUUUCGCUGGAUUAUCGAAGCCUUGCAUGGCAGCAAACUCACCGGCUUGCCCUUGCGUGAGUGUGCUCGAGAUCCAGCCAAUGGCGAAGCAGUGUUCUGCGACAUGGACGACUUCCAGUCGCGUUUCAACCGUGCGCAACGAAUCAUCAAAGGGAAUCCGCGCAUGCUCGUCGGCCACAACUGCUUUCUCGAUCUGGUAUAUAUUUACAAAACCUUCAUCGGCCCGCUUCCGAACUCGGUGGAAGAGUUCCAGCAGAAAAUUCACCACAUCUGGCCCAACAUUGUGGACACGAAGUACAUGUCUACGCACAAUUGCGGAGACAUCAAUCCCGUCAGCUCGCUGGAGCAAAUCGCCACUCAGCUCAGUGCCGAGCGCAAGCCUACGUUAGAAAUCGACGCCGAGCACAUGAAGUACUCGGAAGCAGAGGCUUUGCAUGAGGCGGGCUACGACAGCUUUCUCACCGCGCAGAUCGCAACCCGUCUUUCGGCCAAACUUGCGCGAGAGGGGAACUACGUCGACCACAAAGCCACAAGAGAAGAGCAGCAUAUCACCGCCGGCAUCAACGGGGUGCACAUCGCUGACACUGACGCCCCACAAUCCGACUCCGACGCAGUUGCCGGCGCUUCUUCCACCCCAUCUGAAGUCAGCACCUUCACCCCCUCCGAAGUAGGCGGCAAAUGGAAGCGGAAAGGCGAUCCCAGCCUCCCUCCCCAAGACCCGCAUGACCCCUUCAUCGCAGCAGCAGUAAAUGCCAAACUACCAUAUCAUGACGCGGCUGUUGAGCAGAGUUUUGAGGGCGGGAUGCCGGGGCGUCGUAGUGAGUUUUGGAGUGUGUAUGGGAAUAAGCUGAGGGUGUUUGGGACGGAGGAGGGUAUGUGUGUGCUUGAUGGGAGUGGUGGGCGUGCGGAGGGGCUGGAGGUUAGUGGUGGGGGAGUCAUGGUUGUCUAAGGGAGUACGAAAGGAGAACACGGCUGCGAGAGGAUGGAAUCGAUUCCUAAGCAGCUGUAGAUUUGAGUCAUG